CGCGUUUGGAGGUUGUGCCGGGCGCCAACAAUAAAGCCCUAAGCACUGACUGGUGAUGAUUUCAAAAAGUUGUGGUCUUGUAAGCAUGGCUGCUCUUACAGAGGAGCAACAGAGCCCCCACCCUCAGCUGCCUCCGGGCUUUAGAUUUCAUCCUACUGAUGAAGAGCUGGUAACCCAUUACCUCAGAAAGAAGAUCUCCUCUUCUCCUCUGCCUGUCUCCAUUAUAACAGAUGUGGAUCUGUAUAAGUUUGAGCCCUGGGAUUUGCCAGAUGGCUGUUUGGUUCUCAGGUCUGGCGAAAUUCGGAGAGCGAGAGUGGUAUUUCUUUAGCCCUAGAGAACGCAAGUAUCCGAACGGCGCCCGCCCAAACCGAACUGCAGGCUGCGGGUACUGGAAGGCCACGGGCAUUGACAAGCCUGUGAUCUUAUCAGGAAGCUCUCUUCAAGUGGGUGUGAAGAAAGCUCUGGUGUUCUACAAAGGCAAACCCCUCAGGGGCAUCAAAACCAAGUGGAUCAUGCAUGAGUACCGCCUCACCGACUGCAUCCGGCCCGUUUCUGCUUCACCAAGGAGAAAACGUUCCAUGCUGCUGGAUGCUUGGGUGCUCUGUCGGAUAUUCAAAAGAGUGAGUCAUUUGCCCGGAACAGGGGAAGCAGGGGAAGCUAUGACAUUUUCUACCCAACAGAAGUUACAAGAGCUGCCGCCCACACCCACUUUUCAGUCGUUUCAUGGGCUGAUGCAGAAGCAAGAGGAGGACUUUCUUGACAGUGUUCUCAGGAAGGAUGAUCCAUCUGAUGCAGGGGAUGCUCUGCCCCUGGCUGCUCAGGCUAUUCCCACAGAUUUGAUAUCCAACAAACUAAAGAGAAAUCUAUCAUUUGUUUUUGAUGAUAUCUGCUCUCUCAACAAUAACACUUCCUCUGUUUUUCAAUCCUUGAGUCCCUUGGAUGUGAGUGUGGACGAUUUCCAUCAAAUCUAUUCAUUGCCCUUCACUGAAAGCAGGCUGUGGAGCACUGAAACUGCUUGGUUAUCUUAGCCUUCUUCCAUGGGGGCUGAGAUCAAGAAUUGAGAAUAUGGAGCGAAGGAGAAUGACCCAAUAUCAAACGAUUGGUUCAAACUGUAAACUGUAUACAAAGAAUUUGAUUCAAAGAUUUCUGUUCCAAGUUUGA